AUGAACGGUGCCUUAGUCUGGGCAGCUUCUAUGCUGGCCAUCUGCGGGGCACAGUUUAUAAUCCAGCAGGAAACUUGUAAUGAUCUUUGUCGUGUUGAAAUAGCCCUCAACAAAACCAUCUAUCAGGACUGUCGGAAUCAACUCUGGGAACACAGGAAGCUUAUCAAUCUUACAAUCACUCCAUGUGACAAAGACCCCUGCAUUUACCGGAAGGAUGCGACGUACGAGAUCUCAUUCUACGCGGUUGCUAAUUAUUCGCAAAAGUUCCUUCCUUGGUGGGAUAAAGGCCUUUCAUACGUAAACGAAGGAAAGUUGAUGGGAGGUAUAUGGCUGGAGCAGCAUACCGAGGAUUUACGUGCGUUCGGCGAGGAGGUGCCGUUUAACUUCACCAACCCCGACGUCGACAUGCCACUCAGGGUCAAGCGAAACGAAACAUUCAAAAUAACCGCCCGACUGUGCCGCAAGUUUUACCCCUACGACUUCACGCUUAAGAUCUACGUGGGUACCUGGCAAUAUUCUUUCGGCUGUGCCGAGGCGCGCGUCCACGUCACGAGGGAAUGGAAGAAAUGCCUCAACUACGACGACUCCGAGCAACCGACCAGCACCGAGCAACCACGCAGUCGCGCCGAAUUAUGA